UAUAAAAAUUUGCUGUCGUGCCUGAAGUUUGUGGCAUGUGAUGUAUCAUGAAGUGUUAAUUUUUUACGAAAAACUAUUGAUAUAUUGGAAUGUUUUGUACCUGAAAGUGUUAUGAAUAUAUAGUAGUUAGUGCUACACAACUUGUGAAUAGUGUAUAUAGUGUUGUUGGACCAAAAUAUUUAUACAUGGAUAAAGCCGUCACUUGAGGUUGUUAAGAGAUGGAGUCGCAUAUGCUUAAUAUGUACCAUCAAGCCCGGUUUCGUGGUAUCGGACAUACGACUCCGCAAUCAACCACUGAAUCUUCAUCACCAGAAAGUAGUUGUAAUCAAAGUAGCCCAGAAUACGCAAUGAAACAAAAAACUAGUCAGUUUAAGGGGGCCAAUGAAGAGACGUUUUGGGACAGCCAUAACGACAGUAAUGCCUGGACCCGUAAUAAAAAUGUAAAUAUGACUCAAACAAAUCCCGACACGAGUACAGAGGAAGAAAAUGCUGACAUAAACGUAAUAAAUGAUUAUGAAGCAUCCAUUGCUGUGCAAAUACAAAAUAGUUCGCUAGUCGAAGGGGAUGACUAUGAGAUUGUACAAGUAUACGAAGUAAAUCCGUUCUUAGAUCUCGAGGCCUCGUCUGAUGAAGAUGAAGACGACAAUGAAGCCAAUUGCCUAAAUGAAGACGGCUAUGACUCGGAAUAUGGAGAAGAUCCAAUUUCCGAACACGAAGAAUUGGCUCCUACACAUAAUAUAUCUGAAAACAGUGAAAAAACAAGUACACGAAAUGUGCCACAAGACAGUUUAGGAAUUAAUUUCGAUACGCCUGUAGUAACGAAUAUUGACGAGUAUUUCGUAAAACCCAAUGUCAAUAACAUAUUGAAGGUUAAAAACGAACACGUGGUCAAGGAUGUGGAUGAAUACUUUAUUAAAGAUACUAAGAAACUGAAGCAUCCAAGUGUCGUAGAUUAUUUUAAAGAUGAAGUGCCCAAGACCUUACCGCUUGAAAUCUUCGCUCCCGAUAACACAGAUACAACCGAACAACAGCAGAACCACGAGGUAAUUGAAACUGUUGAUAACAUUGCAGAAGAUAGAGUAACGGAAUCAGAUAUGGACGUAUUACCAAAUAUUGAAGAUUUGAAACGCUUUAUCUUAGAAGAGCCGCCUUAUAAUAAAUUUAAAACUGCACAAAAGUCUCAUUCAGUCUCCCUGCCCCAUUCUCCUAUCCAUAAUUUGAACUUGGAUCCGGAUGCAAAGGGGUGUUUAACUUUUGAGGACUUAAAUCUUGAUUUGUUAGAUUUAAGUUUAGAAAAUGAUAGAGAAAAGUUGAACACGAAAAAUGAUGACAUGCCUCGCACUUUGACGGAUGACGAUGUUAAUAGUUUUCUCAUUACUGAUAAAAAGGAAUCUAAUCAACCUGUUAAAAAUGAAGAUGACUUUAGUCUUCAAGAUAUGGACAUGGAUUGUCCCGUUGAUGCAAUAAUUGACACCAUCGGUCCUGUUUCUGCUUUCCAAUUACCUGAUAGAAAAUUAACGUCUACACCUUUACCGAUUUUGGAAUAUUGCGUAAAAAAGACACAAGUUAAAAUAGAGCCAGAGAUAAAACUAGAAAAAGAGGAUUUUGUUGACGUGGAGUCCUGCCCUGAAACCGCCGUACCCGUUUUGGAAGCUAGUACUUUAGAUUCACUCCUAGAACAAUUUGAAGCGACCGAAAACCUAAGCACUACAGACGUAAAGCCAAUUGUCAGUGAAAAGUUAUCUGAAGCUAAAUGUAGUUUGACAAGUGGUAUGCGGUUGCAGGACGCUGGGGUACAACUUAAUAAAACGAAAAUGAAGAAAAUUCUGAUGGCACCAAAAGUGAACACUCUGAUCAAAAGGUCCCCCAGUCCCAUUCACUCUGAUCAUGAUUAUUGUUCACCAAGAAACCGUCGCAGCCUUACCGAUUUAAAGGGAGGCCGGAGUCUCCUCAAACCUGAAGUUUUGUCCAGCAACAAUAGAAUAUUAAACUCUAGACAUAGGUCGUGUAAAAACAAAAAAGUGGUUUACCAUCUCAGUAGUGAUGAUGAAGCAGACAGUAAAGAUAAAAAGAAACCUAAAAUAGAUGACAAUGACAUUAUAACUAAUAAAAAAUCUCGUUUAAAAACAAGUCUUAAACCUCGUGUUAAUCGUAAGAAACAUUCACGUGUGCAUAGUGUUGUGAACGUUAGUGGUCUUACCAAGAACAACGAUUCUGUGAUUGUAGAAAAUGCUUCAAAAGCAACAAGUGAUAAUUCAAGUAGUCAAAAGUCAAAUUGCGGUAGUAUUAAGUUAGUUAUAAAAAAUAAAUCAAAAGUUAUAAUUCAAAACUGUGAUGUUAGUGAUUUAAACAAAGACAUUUCAUGCGAAAAAUCUAAAUCUAGUAAGGCUUAUAGUAGUAGUUCGAAUAAAGUGUCGACUGAUGUCAGCAAUGUUUUAACAAGUAUUCAACCAUUGGAUAGAAGAAGAAUUUCGGAUAAAGUAUUGACAAAUAUCAACAGAAGUGUUGAUCCAUUAGAUAGAAGUACUUUGAAUAAACAAUCAAUAAAUGGCACGAAUAUUGCCCAAAGCGUUGAAACAUUAGAUAGGAGUAAUACUUCGAAUAAAGUCUCAACAUACGUCAACGAUACCGUCAAACAUGUUGAUCCCUUACACGGAAGUAAUACUUCACAUAAAGAAUCAACGCAUGUCAAGAAUAUUGUCAAAAGUGGUGAAUCGUUAGACAGAAUUAGUACUUCCAAUAAAGUAUCUACAGAUGCUAAGAUUACUGAUAAAAUGUUUCAAUCAUCAGAUAGAAGUAGUGCGUCGAAAAAAUUAUCCCGACAUGUCAAGAAUUCUGUCAAAAGUAAUGAACCAUUUGACCGAAGUAAUACUUCGAAAAAUAUAUCAAAAUAUGUUAAGAAUGCUGACAAAAGUAUCGAAUCUAAAGGCAGAAGUAAUACUUUAAAAAAAGAAUCGUCAAACGUCAACAACAUAGUUAAAAGUGUUGAAUCUGAACCAUUAGAUAGAGUAAAAAAUAAAAAUGAAAACCGUGAAAUAAAGGAAACAUUAAAUGUAAAGCACGAGGAGAACUCGAAACAGGAACACUUUUAUACCGCUCUGUUUAAUAAUAAGGAAGACGUACGAGUCCCUAAGGCUAUUGAUGUAACCUCGAAAGUAACAAGAAAAGAUGAGGGUUGUAAAGUUACUUUGAUAGAUGUACCAAUUAUUAAUGAAGUAGAACAGCCGGUUAAAAAGAAGAAGUUAAAUUUGAAAGAGUAUAAACUAAGGAUUAGCAAAGGUAUAUCCUCAAACGAUGGAUCGCCACAAGUAAGUCCGGAGUCAAUAUUCCCGGAAACACCGUGCAAUAUAAAUCUUGAUAAAAAAAUUAAAAUAUCUAAUAAUGUUACUCCUAAUAAUGUUUCACCACCAAAAGAAAACUUAGAAACGGAUGCUCCGAAAGCUAUUUUUGAUCCUAUUCUAGAAGCAUCUAGAAAAGUAUUAAUGAAUAUUCAAAAACAAAAAGCUAAAGCAUCAAAACGCCAAGAGAGUGUUUUGAUACAAAAAGUUGAAAACCUUGUACUUCAACCCCUUAUUAGUGAUGAAGAAAUGUUAAAAAUUGUGGGCAUGACUCCAAAUGUUAUGCCUGUGCCAGUAGAUGUUCCGACACCUCGAGAGCAACCAAAAGACUAUGACGAAAUUAUUUUAGUUAGUAUAGGCACCAAUACAGAUGAAGGUUUAUUAAAACCCACUGAAAAACAGACUCUUAGUAGAAAACGUAAAUUAGAGUCUCCACAAAGAGAAAACAAAUCGACGAUUAACUUUAAAAUCAAAAAAAUGGAUUCUGUAUUGAAACAAAACGUUUUCGAAACUGUUAAAAAUCAAAAAAGUCCAAUCGACGAUAGGAAUCGGUCUGAUAUUAAAAUAGAUAAAGAAAGGUAUAAGGACAUAACAGCAACUCUUAAGAGCGUUGAAAAGCAUGUCGAUAAGAAAAUCUCUAGCAAUUCACUAUUCGCCAGCAUUCAAGAUCUUGUCAAGAAAAAAGCUCCAACAGUUACUAAUUCAAGUAACGACCGUAAAUCGUCAAAGUCUAAUUCACCAGUUGAGGAGAAGGAAUUUAAAUACACAAAGCCAACGAUAGUAAGAGAAUAUGAUAAUGCUGCUCCACACGGUGAAGACAAAGUUAUACUUCACUUGGAAAAGAACAGACAAAAACCUGAAUACGUUACGACUUGUAUUCAGACAGAGGCGACUGCUGAAUUUGUAGAUUUACCCAAAAUAGGUCACACGGUUACCAGAAAACAAUUCUCCGUCUCUCCGAGAAAAAGAAACGACAGUGACAUGUCCAUGUCAAGUGACUGCAGUCCAAUUGUUCCCAAAAACGUACAGAAUGUUAUGUCUACUAAAUUGGACGAAGGAGUUAAUGUGAAGUCUAGAACAGAAACUAGACAUCCAACAGAGGUAUCUCAGUAUCACGAAAAAAGGUCGCGAUCACGAUCAACUAGAUACGAUGUCAAAUAUAGAAGAUCGAGAUCACAAUCUCGAAAUCAUCGAAGAAAACGCUCUCCUAGUCGUAAUCGGUCGCGAUCACGUGGUCAUUACAGACGUUACAGACGAUCCGACUCACCUUAUAGAAGGAAAAGACGAUCAAGGACUAGGUCACCUUAUCGUUCUUCGAGGCGUUCUCCAUCUGUUAGAAGACAUUACAGAUCAAAUCAUUCGCGGUCAACAUCUAAAAUCACCGAUCGAGUUAAAUCACGCAGCCCGAUCGCUAAAAAACGACCUAGUCCCCAAUAUAUCGUGAAUAACAUUGAAAAGCUUACACCGAUAUCCCUAACGCCUCCGAUGAGGAAGCCGACUAUAUCUGCCAGUUCAGAAUCAUCGUCUUGUUCGUCAUCAUCUUCCGGUUCAUCAUCGUCCGGACUAUCGGCUUCGUCUAAAUCAAAGGCCUCAUGCAGUCCUAACAGAAAGGAAGAAGUUUACAGGGCUAAAAGCUACCGAAGCUCCUAUAGUUCAGAAGAUAGGGACAGCGCAACGCCGGUUGAGGAGAGACGUAUAGUAUUUGUAGGAAGGCUCGAUAAAGAUAUAACGAAAUUAGGAUUGAAGUCCCAAUUUGUCAAGUUUGGACCUAUUACCGAAGUUCGCUUGCAUUCUAAAGAGGAUGGGUCACGCUACGGUUUCUUGACGUUCCAGCGUCCUAUGGACGCUUGGUCGGCUGUGGAGGCAGGGAAAACGUUCCCGCAGUAUGAUGUGGGCUUCGGGGGCCGUAGAGCAUUUUGUAGACAGAGCUAUGCAGAUCUUGAUGGCCUAGAGGCCAAAUACACCGAAAGUGCGUUCCACGGUCAAGCAGUGCUGCCCAUACACCGAAACAACGAUAAUAUGUCGUUUGAUCAGAUGCUUCUCGAUAUGAAAAAGACAUUGAACAAAAUGAAAGGUGAUAAGAAAAGCGACGAUAUGUCCGCUUGACGUUUACUCAAUCUUUGGUAUAUUUUAAUAAAAAACGUAGUGUCGUAUACGUUAUUUGUGCUCGUCGUGACGUUCGGAUGUCAAUUAUCACGCGUCAACUGACAGCUGUCACUGUCAAUGUCAAAAUGACGGACGCGUUCAGUGUGCAAUGAAAAAGACAUUUUAGUUUGUUUUCUUUCUUCGCUCGUACCUCUUUAGUGAAAUUGUUUUAGCGUGUAUUUCUUUAGCGAUUUAGUUUUGUAAAUAGUAGAUUAUUAAAGUACAGUUUUGUACAGUUUAACACUACCUCUUUAUGUAAAUAUUGUAAAAUUUUUGUAUUGUGUAUUGUGUAUUUUGUAUUGGCUUUGAAAUUUAAAAUUUUGUUCGUU